AUGCUCGCGACACUCUACCAUAUGUUUCAGCCCAUCGCCGGUGACGAUCCCAACCAGCAGUCGGAGAACGAUCAGGAACGCGAGGAAAAUGACAGUGCUGUCGUUUUGGAGAGGCCCGCUCAAUUGGACAGGAAAGCUUCGUCGACGCUGAGCCUCGCGAUGGACCGCAUGCGCGGGACCGCACCGUCUCGUAUCUCGUGGAAAGCACCAAGCUCGCUGGCCAGUCCUUCAUCGAUCCGGGACCCUACAUGGGGCACGCAAUACGAGACGCAUUCGGCCUCGGAACCAUCCUUACUGCUCCUUAAUAAUGCUACUGUGCAUAAGACGGCUUCUGUCAGGCGUCACAGCUCGCAAUCCUUGCGCACUCAGUCUGCGACUGGUUCAGAGACCUCAGAAGGACAGAGCGCCGCGGACCCGAUGCAUACGAGGCAGCUCUCUGCCUUAAGCGAUCGAGUGCACUUCCGGGUCCCUACCUCUCGACGCCCUUCUGUCGACUCAUUGCCACUCACGCCCGAUUCGGCCCGGACCCAUGAUGGCCAUGCCGCCAUAGGACUAUCUGCAUUUCCCUCUGCAUUCAUCAACCGGCCGCUGAAGCGCACCGGUAGUGCUGCAUCUACCAGCACAUUCCUUUCCACUGUAUCUGCUGCUCCGCCGCCCUCCAUUCCUCCUCUCGACCUGCGUCCCAACUUCCAAAGCACGCUGAGCGUCGCUCCACGGAAGUCGCGCCUUCCAGCACCAACGCUGCCCACGGUAGUAGGCAGCCCUCACCCUGCCAAAUACUCCGUCAUAUACGAGGACAACUCUUCGGUUCGCACGUCCAGCUUCAUCACCGCGCCUUCCGUGCACACGCCCACUCCCGAGCCGGACCUGCCACACGAGGUGGUUGCCCAGGACUAUGCCGUCUCAGUCGUACCUAGUACGGAGGCGACGCCGGCCGUGCGCACGAGCGGACUCCCGGAGGGUCUGUAUGAUGCAGACUCGAAUACGCAGUCGCGACGCAGCACUCCGGACAACACGCAAAACGGGCAGCUCGAGCCUCUUCUCUCACCACCUGCCAUGCCGCGGCCCCGCUCUCCAUCAAACGACUCCGAGUCCUAUAUUUAUAACCGCUGGCUCAGGGGCGUCUCGUUCGGCAGCACACGCCCAGUCCUCGAGCGGGUGAAGCGCGAUCGCCUGCGGUUUAACCUGGCGUGCGUUCUAUUCUGGGUGGGUUUCAUCGGCCCGUGGUGUUGGUUGAUCGGGGGCUGGUUGCUCUCCAGAGACGGGCUCUUCACACAGGACGAGCAGCGUGCGUAUCCUGUACUGCCCAUGUGGGUUCACAAGGGCAAGGAGCGUGCAGACCACGCCGACCGGGACAAAGUAAUUGUUAGAAAGCACACGGGAGUCAAGCUGUGCUACCCGCUUGUCGCACCAUCGGCGGAGGGUUUGGCGCCAUCCGUCGCUGGAUCCGUGCUCUCAAUUGGGAAAUUUAAGCCAAAGAAUUGCACGGAACGACGUGUUGAUCCAUGGGUCUUGCGUUGCCGCUACGCUGCUGUCACGAGUGGGGUCCUUCUCCUGGCCGCGUGCAUCGUCGCGGUCGUCGUGGCCUGCACUUAUUCAUAA